UUUCAGAGAAGUCCUAAGGAAAAUUGCAAAGUCAUGCCGGUGUGGUGGAAGGUUGAUAUUGGGGAACUGGACUGAAGUGAGCUGUAGUCACGUUCUGCGAAAUGUACACGUCUUAUCGCGAGAAAUGAACCGUGGUAUAAAUUCCUCAAUCGAGCUUGCCAGCUCGUUCACUCUCCUCUCCUGGUUCUGUUGGUGUGGACCGAUCAAAGCUGAGUUAGACUGAAGAUGGCUGCAGGCAAGGCUCAAAUUGGAAAGCUGGCCCCAGACUUCACCGCUAAGGCGGUGAUGCCAGACGGGCAGUUCAACGACCUGAAGCUGUCAGACUACAGAGGGAAAUACGUUAUCUUUUUCUUCUAUCCACUGGACUUUACCUUUGUGUGUCCAACGGAGAUCAUCGCUUUCAGUGACGCAGCCGAGGACUUCAGGAAGAUCGGCUGUGAGAUCAUCGCCGCCUCUGUUGACUCACACUUCUCCCAUUUCGCAUGGACCAACACACCACGAAAGCAGGGCGGUCUGGGUGCCAUGAAGAUUCCCCUGGUAUCUGACACACGGCGCACCAUCUCCACAGAUUAUGGUGUCCUGAAGGAGGACGAGGGCAUCGCCUACAGGGGUCUGUUCAUCAUUGAUGACAAGGGCAUCCUGAGACAGAUCACCAUCAACGACCUCCCAGUUGGACGCUCUGUUGACGAGACUUUGCGUUUGGUCCAAGCCUUUCAGUUCACUGACAAGCACGGAGAAGUCUGCCCGGCUGGCUGGAAACCAGGAAAUGACACCAUCAAGCCUGACGUCCAGAAGAGCAAAGACUUCUUCUCCAAGCAGUAAUAAACCCAAACCCCGAGUCUGCAGCCUGCUGUAGGAGAUUUCAUUUAGAGAUUACAUUUCCAGGGAACAAUAUUUAAGUCAGCUGCUGUGUUAUUGUAGUCAACAUGAUGCUUGUCUGUAGAGUGAAUAGUGCACUUAUGACCAGCGUCUAUCAUUGUGUAAUUAUGUUGUGGUCCUGCAUGCUAUUUUCACUGUCUGACUGAGAUAAAUGCCUGUUUGUUCUUUCAUGUCACAUGUCUUACUAUUGUUAGAUACAAAGGACUAUAAAACAUUUUUAUUGAAAUGAA